CACCUCUGCCUCGCAACUCUCACCCAAGAUUUGAGGCACGCCAAGACGAGAGGAAAGGAUCUCACCAAGCGUUGCUCGAAUGGCGCUCGCCCACAAAGAGACCGAAUCACAGAUCGAGGAGGUCCAGCUGCUGCGCUCUUGCACGACGGGCGACGAGUUCAAUUGGUUGCUGGCGCGAGGAGAUGCAGACGAGCAGGUGAAGCGAUGGGAGGCUCGAUGUGCUGGUAAGGAGAGCGAUAGCGAGCCUUUCGCAUUCGGUAUUCGACUGAGCAUAGAGCCGGCAUGCCAACUCGAAGUGAGGAUGCGCAAGCCUGGAGCAAGUGACGAGCACCAGUUGGCUGUCACGGGCCAGGAUGUGGCGGCGAAGGAGCUCCAAGCUCUUCGCGACGUGUGUGCGCAAAGGUGGCAGGCAAGCAAGGACGAAGGCGUCGAGCACCGCAUCUUCGACGUCUUCACAGCCCUGCAAGAGCACAUCGUCGACCAUCCCCUCUCUAGCCACGGCGACGCGCAGCAAAUGCCGAAAGAGAGCAGCCAAGAAGCAAAGUCAUCGCCGCCGUCGCCGCCCCCGCCGCCGCCGCCGCCUCCACCUCUCAGCAUGUCCCGCACAAUAUUCUGGUCUCACCACCUCAUAGCCCCCUCCAAGCGGCGUGACUUCGCCAAGUGGUCUUCCGAGCUCUCCCUCUGGGUAGUCCUCAAGAUCGGGUACCCAGGCUAUCUCUGCUUCGAGGGCAAGAGCGAGGAUGUGACCGAAGUGGUGCGCAGGGUCAAGGGCCUGCAGUGGCAUGCUAUCAAUGUGAGGAGCGAGGAGGAGUGGAUCUGUGAGCCCAAGGAGGGGGAGGAUGCCCCUAGCCUCGAGGCAAGGGCUUUGCUGAGCUGCCCGCUAGCAUCCACAUCAACGCCGGUCGCCCGCGGAGAAAAGGUCCGUACGACGUGCGAGGAGCUCGAAGGAAUGAGCGAGAUCGUCGAGCGGCUGCGUGCGGCCGGAUUGAGUGAGGAGGAGCUCGUUGACGCCCUCGGACUCAGAACGAAAGCAGGCGCAGGGCCGGGCAAGUCUAGCAAGCAAUGACAAUUGAUUGGCGCCUGCUCUAGCGAUCAGAUGUACAAGGACG